AGAUGUAGUACCGUCGACAGGAAGUGGACUGUCAUUCGGACUGUGUCCUUGUUAGCUAACCACACAGCUAGCUGCCAUACCAGGCAAGCCAAUGUGUACUAUGUGGGAAGAUGAAUUAAACUGUGCCUGAAUAGUGAGUUUGGAAAAGACUUGUGUUUCGCAGCUGUUACUAACGGCACCAUGCUGCGUGUCGGGAGCAAAGCCGCCUGCAUGGCCUGCAGGAACCUAGUCUCCACCAACAUGGGAGUGAGAUUUCGAAUACCACUGCAGAAGCUGCACCCUCUGUCCCGUGCCAUCCACCAUCGCUACUCUGGAAACACCAAUCCUCAGCGACCCCCUCAUCGCACGGCGGCUCGUUAUUUUACCUCCAUGUCACGGUUGCCCAUGCGGCCACCCAAGCCUUCUCCUGGUUCAGGGCGUAGCCACCAGCAGCAGCGCAACUUUUGGGUGGUUCGCCUUGCGGCUAGGCUGCUAAAGCUCAGAUAUAUUCUGUUGGGAACAGCAGUGGGAGGAGGGUACACAGCUAAAAAGACAUACGAGGAAUGGAAAGACAUGUUACCAGAUUUCAGUGAAUAUAACUGGGUUAUUCCUGACUUUGUCUGGGAACUGAGCGAACAAAUUGAUCUUGAUAAACUGGCUAAGGCGCUACCAGAGAUGGAGGAAAUUGCUAAACUGCUACCUGAUUUUGACAAGAUAGGAGAGAACUUCACCUUCCUCAAAAGCCUCCUCUCAUCUGGUGUGAGUUUGGGUAGUGAAGUCAAAGGAGCUGGUCUGCAUCUAUUGUUAGAAACCUCAGGUGACCCUUCACUGAAAGCCACAGACUCUUCAACUACAGCCACACAAGAUGACAAGCAGUACAAAAAGGGUCUACUUGGAGAGCUCAUUCUUAUUCAGCAGCAGAUCCAGCGGCAUGAGGAGGAGGUCCGACGCGCCGCUACAGCCAAUAGUGUGCGUCCCCCAUCACCAGAGCCUGCUCCUAACCCCCCUCAGCAGAAACCCAAGUCCUCAGACAAAGAGAAGAUCGACCAGCUUCAAGAGGAAUUGCUCCGCACACAGCUUAAAUAUCAGCGCAUGCUGGAGAGACUGGAGAAGGAGAAUAAAGAGUUAAGGAAAGUAGUUCUGCAAAAAGACGAUAAAGGGAUCCACCAAAGGAAAAUAAAGAAGUCGCUUAUUGACCUGUAUUCUGAAGUGCUGGAUAUCUUAUCUGAUUAUGAUGCCAACUACAACACCCAGGACCACCUUCCCAGGGUUGUUGUGGUUGGGGAUCAGAGUGCUGGUAAGACAAGUGUGCUGGAGAUGAUAGCCCAGGCCAGGAUCUUUCCUCGGGGCUCUGGAGAAAUGAUGACACGCUCUCCUGUCAAGGUGACACUAAGUGAAGGCCCCCAUCACGUGGCUUUGUUUAAGGAUAGUGGCAGAGAGUUUGACCUCACUAAGGAGGAGGAUCUGGCUGCUUUGAGGCAUGAGAUUGAGCUGAGGAUGAGGAAGAGCGUAAAGGAGGGACAGACAGUCAGCUCUGAGACAAUUUCGUUAAGUGUCAAAGGCCCUGGCAUCCAGAGGAUGGUGCUUGUUGACUUACCUGGUGUCAUCAGUACGGUGACUACAGGCAUGGCCACAGAUACUAAGGAGACUAUCUUCAGCAUCAGUAGAGCCUACAUGCAAAAUCCCAAUGCAAUUAUUCUCUGUAUUCAGGAUGGCAGUGUGGAUGCAGAGAGGAGCAUUGUAACUGACUUGGUCAGUCAGAUGGACCCCCAUGGGAAGAGGACCAUCUUUGUCUUGACCAAGGUGGACUUGGCCGAGAAGAAUCUGGCCAGCCCCAGCAGAAUCCAACAAAUAGUGGAAGGGAAGCUGUUUCCCAUGAAAGCUUUGGGCUAUUUUGCUGUGGUGACAGGAAAAGGGAGCAGUGGUGAAAGCAUAGAUUCCAUUAAAGACUACGAGGAAGACUUCUUCCAGAGCUCAAGAUUACUACGAGAUGGCAUGUUGAAGGCCCACCAGGUGACCACGAAGAACCUGAGUCUGGCUGUUUCCGAUUGCUUCUGGAAGAUGGUUCGGGAGUCUGUUGAGCAGCAGGCGGAUGUCUUCAAAGCGUCCCGUUUCAACCUAGAGACUGAAUGGAAAAACAACUACCCUCGUUUAAGAGAGCUUGAUAGGAAUGAACUGUUUGAAAAAGCCAAAAAUGAAAUAUUGGAUGAAGUCAUCAGUUUAAGUCAAGUCACCCCUCAACACUGGGAGUCCAUCUUACAAAAGAAACUCUGGGAACGAGUUUCCACACAUGUAAUUGAAAACAUUUACCUGCCUGCUGCCCAAACUAUGGACUCUGGAACCUUUAACACCACUGUAGACAUCAAGCUCAAGCAGUGGACCGACAAGCAGCUUCCACACAAGGCACUGGAGGUUGCCUGGGAGACCCUGCAAGAGGAGUUUGCCCGCUUCAUGGCUGAAUACAAAGGCAAAGACCAGGACGACAUUUUUGACAAGCUGAAGGAGGCUGUGAAGGAUGAGAGCAUCAAGAGGCACAAAUGGAAUGAGAGGGCCAUGGACAGCCUGCGUGUAAUUCAGCAUAAUGCCCUAGAAGACCGUUCCAUUACAGACAAGCCCCAGUGGGAUGCAGCAAUCCAGUUCAUGGAGGAAACUCUGCAGACACGCCUCAAAGACACUGAGUCUGUAAUCAAAGACAUGGUGGGUCCAGACUGGAAGCAGAGGUGGCUGAACUGGCAGAAUCGCACACCAGAUCAGCAUAUUCGCAAUGAAACAAAAAACGAGCUGGACCGUUUGCUGAAGCUGCACGAUGACCACACUGCAUACUUGGCCAAUGAUGAGGUCACCACAGUUAGAAAGAACUUGGAGGGACGAGGGGUUGAAGUUGACCCCGUUCUGAUCAAGGACACGUGGCAUCAGCUGUAUCGACGACACUUCCUGCAAAAGGCACUGUCCCACUGUAACCUCUGCAAGAGAGGAUUUUACUAUUACCAGAGACACUUUGUUGACUCUGAAUUGGAGUGCAAUGAUGUGGUACUGUUCUGGAGGAUCCAGAGGAUGCUGGUCAUCACCGCCAACACACUCCGGCAGCAGCUCACCAACACUGAGGUGCGUCGGUUAGAGAAAAACGUGAAGGAGGUUUUGGAUGACUUUGGAGAGGAUAUGGAGAGGAAGACCCAGCUCAUCACCGGCCGCCGAGUUCAGCUGGCUGAAGAUCUCAAGAAAGUUCGUGAGAUCCAGGAGAAACUUGAAGCCUUCAUAGAAGCUCUUCACAAGGAGAAAUGAGACUACCAGAACCAGUCAAAGAAAUGUUCAAAUCACAGGAGAGAAAUGCACUGAGAAAGAGACAACUAUAUCCAUACAUGUUGUCAUCAUCUCCAUCUGGCCCCGCUCCACCACUCACCUGAAGCUGACCCCCACACCUUGGCUUCCUGCUUCCCACUGGACACUUCUUGGAAAAAUAAACCUGACAGUUUACAUUUGUUCUUUUUGCCUCACCUGAGUCCAGGAAGAACCGCUGCACAGGAGUCCCCCUCAGAAGGACGACGAGAAGCUUGCACAGUGUUAUCAGACAUCUGACCAAGAUCUUAGUUUAGUUCUUUUCCCCUGGUUGGUGGUGUUUGUGUAUAACAGAUUAUAUGAAGGUGUAUAUUGAGUUGUGUGUAGAGAAAAACAGCAGUGGUGCUGGUCUUAAUGGGCCCGACUGGUAAAAGCAAAAUACAUCUCUGUUUAAUGUUCAAAAGAAUCUGUAGUAGCACUUCAUAAGCACUUAUGUCAUCCCUCCAAGCUAUAGACAAGCAUUUACUGAGUAUAUAAACCUAAAUGAGUCAUUCACACACCUUCACCUUAAAUCUAUGGGGAGAAAGUGUCUAUGAUAAUAGAGGAUGAUGGAAACAAUGUUGUUUUGUUCAAAGUUCAUUUGACAAAUGCUAUGUUUGCUUGUCUGCCAAUUGCACACAUCUCUUUAACCCACCUUUAACUUGAUCCGUCAUUGUAUAAUUUCAUGCGCUGUUGGCUGUUCCCAUGUUUCAACGGACACACAAUAAUUUACUUCCUCAAAACAGAUUGCUCUUAAUAGAUUAAAAAUGUAAUUUAAAAGUACAUUUUGUCAUUGAGACGUCUUAUUUAGCAUCAAUUUUUUAACCAAUAAUCAGUUGAUAGGUUUUUUCCCUAACUUGAAUAAUAAUUAAGCUGUUUCAUUUGAUGUUGAUAGAGGUUUCAUUAUCUUCUAUUUGUUACUAAUUUGACUUGGUCUUUAACUGUCCUGUGUCCAGUUCUAGUCCAGUUAAACCGGAGUAGGUGUGGGUUUAUUCUCGGUUCAGUUAUUGAGAAGCAGGGAUGUGCCCUUUUUUACAUCAACGCCCCCAAACCAGGGGAACACGCAUCACACCACCGUCUUUGACCCUCUGUUGUUUAGACCAGGCUGAUUCUUUCCAUCAUCCUUCCAAACACCCUUCUUCUAGCUUGAAAACUCCUCCGCUGUUUGACGUCAGGGGUGACGCGCUCUGGUGCUUUAUUCAAAUGCGGAUCUGGGGACGCACUAAUGCGCCGCGCACUCUGUACAUUUACAUCAUGUUCAACACGCGUUCACAGCCUGAGCCACUUAUAACAAGACUGGUGAGUUGGUUCCGACACAUGUUCUAUGUUGUAGAAGGUAAUGUUUGCAUGGUGUCUCCCAUCAGGUGUGGUUUAUUUAUUACAUUGUGUUUAAAGGAAAAUAAAAUUGAGAAAUAAAAAGAUUUUUCAUGA